AUGACCUCGAAUAAUGAACCUUCGACCCCUCUCACGGAUGCGCCGGAAUUCCAGACGUCUCAGUCCAAAUUGCUGCAACAUGAUUCAGCUUUGAUCGUUGCCCAGUCAGUUUCGCUGACUCUGGGAAGCGACUCUCUUCUCAUCGUCGAUGAACGCUCCAUGCGUAAGUCCGAUCGUCGCUGCUGUGGGUUACUAGGCAAAUCAAAAGAAACCGGGGUUACCCAUGCCAUUGCUUUGUACAACGUCCUCGAUGCCGAACUUACCCCCGCUGGUCUCACUAUCACCUAUGCGAAACAUUCGGGCUCCAACGAUGUCUCCGUGACCGCUCUUCAAUACCCCAUCGACGAGGGAGAGAAAUCAACUGUUGAGGCGUGGGUUGCAUCAUUACUCAAUCUGGCAUAUGGCAAUGCGCUGCGUUACAAACGACUCAAGGUGCUAGUGAACCCCUUUGGCGGCAAGGGAGCAGCGUCCCAUCUAUACCAGACAUAUGCGGCACCCGUGUUUGCGGCCGCGCACUGCCAGGUGGACCUGCAGGAGACUACUCAUAGCGGCCACGCCACCGAAAUUGCCGAGAAAAUCGAUAUAAACGCCUACGAUGCCAUUAUCUGCUGCUCCGGUGACGGCUUGCCGUAUGAGGUUUUCAAUGGCCUGGGAAAGAAACCGAACGCCGGGGAAGCCCUUGCCAAGGUGGCAGUGGCGAUGGUACCUUGUGGUUCUGGUAAUGCGAUGGCGUGGAACCUUUUGGGAACGGAGAGUAUUUCUAUAGCAGCCCUAUCGAUUGUCAAGGCCGUGCAGGCCCCCUUGGAUCUGAUGUCCAUCACUCAAGGCAACACACGUACCCUGUCAUUCUUGUCGCAAUCCUUUGGUAUUGUGGCGGAAUCGGAUUUGGGCACAGAUAAUAUCCGAUGGAUGGGCGCCCAUCGUUUCACUUACGGUUUCCUUGUUCGUCUCUUUCAGCGCACGGUGUACCCCUGCGACCUUGCUGUGAAAGUAGUGAUGGAUGAUAAGGAGAUGAUCAAAGAUCACUAUGCCACAUACGCAAAUAGCGAUCCUCGAGGUCGGAAUCCCGAAGGGACUGCGGGUCAGUCCACGGGUCUUCCUGAACUUCAAUACGGCACUGUUUUGGAUGAACUCCCCAAGGACUGGGAAGUCAUUCCGGCCGAAACGAUUGGUAACUUCUAUGCGGGUAACAUGGCCAUCAUGUCGAAAGAUACCAGCUUUUUCCCCGCCUCGCUGCCCAAUGAUGGGCUGAUGGAUAUUGUCACGAUCGAUGGAACAAUCAGUCGUCUCACAUCCAUCAAGAUGAUGACAGAAAUUCCUGAAGGAAGAUUCUUUGGUAUGCCGGACGUCGGCAUCCGCAAAGCCUUGGCCUAUCGACUUGUACCCCGAGAAAAAGAAGGAUAUAUCAGUGUCGAUGGCGAGACUAUUCCUUUCGAGGCUUUCCAGGUGGAAAUCCACAAGGGUCUAGGUACCGUGCUUUCAAAGUCCGGACACCUUUACGAAACAGAGGGUCCGAAAUAA